AUGAAGUCAUGCUCGGGGAAGUAUAAAAGGAAACACCUGCGCCCUUCAAAUGAGUUAAGUGAAGAGUGGAAGUCCCCACAUGCAACCCAACUGCAGGGAAAGGCAAAGAGAGAAAUAAAACAAGCCCAGCAGUGUGGUGGGAACAAGAAGAGGGCUGACUUCCAAGGAAAUGGAAACGUUCUGCUGGAUGGAACAAGAAUCUGCUUCCAAGAAUUUGAGAGAAAGGACAAGCCGGAGGAGCGGACGGCGGAGGAGGAUGAAGGGGAUGACUGCCUCCUGGGGUCUGUGGAUGAGUUCUGGUGGUUCCCUCACAUGUGGAGCCACAUGCAGCCCCACCUCUUCCACAACGAAUCCUCCUUGGUGGAGCAGAUGAUGCUCAACAAGAAAUUUGCCUUAGAGCAUGGCAUUCCUACGGACAUGGGCUACGCGGUGUCCCCACACCAUUCCGGUGUUUACCCUGUGCACGUUCAGCUUUAUGAGGCUUGGAAGAAGGUUUGGAAUAUUAAAAUCACCAGCACUGAAGAGUAUCCACAUCUAAAACCAGCUCGAUACCGGAGGGGUUUCAUCCAUAAAAACAUCAUGGUACUCCCACGACAAACCUGUGGGCUUUUCACUCACACGAUUUUCUACAAAGAAUACCCAGGAGGCCCUAAGGAGUUGGAUAAGAGUAUCCAAGGAGGUGAACUAUUCUUCACGGUGGUCCUCAACCCGAUCAGCAUUUUCAUGACCCAUCUGUCCAACUAUGGGAACGAUCGGCUGGGUUUGUACACGUUUGUUAAUCUGGCCAACUUCGUGCAGAAAUGGACCAACCUUCACCUUCAGACUCUGCCUCCCCUGCAGCUGGCUCACAAAUAUUUUGAGCUCUUCCCUGAACAAAAAGACCCCCUCUGGCAGAAUCCCUGUGAUGACAAACGCCACAGAGAUAUUUGGUCUAAGGAGAAAACCUGUGAUCGCUUGCCAAAAUUCUUGGUGGUAGGACCUCAGAAGACAGGUACCACAGCUUUGUACUUGUUCCUGGUCAUGCAUCCUUCCAUCCUUAGUAACUCCCCCAGCCCCAAAACCUUUGAGGAGGUACAGUUCUUUAAUAGAAAUAACUACCACAGGGGGAUUGAUUGGUAUAUGGAUUUCUUCCCAAUCCCGUCUAAUGUCACCAGUGAUUUUCUGUUUGAGAAGAGUGCCAAUUACUUCCACUCAGAGGACGCUCCUAAAAGAGCUGCUUCUCUGGUCCCCAAAGCCAAGAUCAUCACCAUCCUCAUUGAUCCAUCAGACCGAGCAUACUCCUGGUACCAGCAUCAGCGAUCGCAUGAAGACCCUGCGGCUCUGAAGUUUAGCUUCUACGAAGUCAUCUCAGCGGGAGCCCACGCCCCCUCCGAGCUGAGAGCCUUGCAGAAGAGAUGUUUGGUCCCCGGGUGGUACGCCAGCCACCUCGAGAGAUGGCUUGUUUAUUUCCCUCCCUUCCAGUUGCUAAUUAUCGAUGGGCAGCAGCUAAGGACUGACCCAGCUCCAGUGAUGGAGGAAGUACAGAAGUUUCUGGGAGUGUCUCCUCAUUAUAAUUACUCUGAAGCUUUAACAUUUGAUUCUCACAAAGGCUUUUGGUGUCAGUUACUAGAGGAAGGUAAAACAAAAUGCCUUGGGAAGAGCAAAGGAAGAAAAUACCCUCCAAUGGAUUCGGAUAGCAGAGCAUUUCUGUCAAGCUACUAUCGAGACCGGAAUGUGGAACUUGCAAAACUGCUGCACAAACUGGGACAGCCCCUGCCAUCCUGGCUGAGACAGGAGCUGCAGAAAGUGAGAUAGCACUGAGAGCAAACGUCUUGAGCAGUCAUCUUCCAUGGAAUGCUCACCUUUUCCAAAGCUUCCUGGAGCUACCGAAAGGCUGUGGAACAAUAUACCUCGUCAAAAGGCAAUGAAGAACAAAGUUCCUUCCGUGUGCUGGUAUACAGCUGGUUAAAAAAAGAAAGAAAGAAAGAUAUCUAUUACAAGCCUUGAGGCUUACCACCUUCCUUUCACCCCAUAUCUGAGCCUAUGGGAUGGGAUCAUUGUAGACUACUGUGCACCCACGUGGAAAUCAAUAAUAGCAACCAGUAUCAAUCACAUUCAAAUGCAGAACUGGUCCAUUUCAUAGUAAUAUUUACACUUUUAUAUGUCAAUUAAAUUGUGUCUCUGUAGAUUUUUAGACCACUCUUUGCCUGUACAAUAUUUUCUUAUUAUUUGAUGCUAUAAAAUUACCCUCAAAACAAGAAGUAAAAUAAAUACCACAUAAACAUAAAAUGUCAAAAGCACAACACCAUUGAAAAUGCCUGCCCACAUUCAAAUCCACUGUAGAAUUGAGGAAAAAAAUUGUAAAUUAUAAUUUUACCAAAGCAGAAAGUGGAAAAGUUACCUAUAAGCUUUAUCUCCACCAAAAACAAAAACAAAAGCUAAGCGCUAUCAUAUAAAAGUGACUUGCCAGAUUAUACAGUCUGGUGCAAUUAUGGAAAAAUUACUAAUGCCUCUGUCAUAACAUAAUUGUUACACUGAAAUAUAUACCAUAGAGUUGUUGGAUGGCAAUAGAAAUACACUGGAUAUACAAGAAAAUAAAUAAAUAAAAUGUACUCCCUGCCAUCUCUGAAAGAAAGGGAGAAAUAGUAAGUGUUUAAAGAUAUCAAGUAGCCCUUGUGGCACGGUGGUUAAAGCACUGUGCUGCUAACUCAAAGCUGGUAGUUCAAACCCACCAGCCACUCUGUGGGACAAAGAUAUGAGAGUCUAAAUAUCACAAGCCUUAAAAAACCUAGGGGGUCAGUUCUACUCUUCCCUAUAGGGUCAGGCGAAUUGGAAUCAGUUGGAUGACCACAGAUUUGAAAGAUACAUCACUGACAAUUCUAUCUCUACUUGCCAUGAACUACAAAUCUAUUAUUCCUCACUGAUUCUAUAGAAAUGCAUGCUUAGACUCUGAGGUGUGUGUCAUUUCCAAAAACUGGUUGACUUUUAACUCUGAGUAGCUUUUUUCUUGUUCCCCAGACAAACCUCCUAAAUAAAAAUAAGGAGAGGUUACCUAGAUGAUGUGUUUAAGCUGUUUACUUCAAAUGAUAGAAAAACUACAUUUUUAAGGUCAUUAAAAAUGAAGCUGUGUAAAGUAGAGAUUUAUAACAAAAAUAUGUACAAUUCAUAAUCUGAUUUUUUGCAAUGAUAUUUUUAGUACAAGGCAGAAAAAGGGAAACAGGCAGAGUCCCAUUUUUAGACUCUUUCUUAUAUCAUUCUCAUGGGAGAGUACAGAACAUAGGUAAACUUAUGGAUCGCCAAUGGAAUUAAAUGCAAGAAGUACAAAGCUGAGGAAGGCGGAGUUGUUGGAAUAUGUACAAUUAAAUAUUCAAUGAUUUAGAUGACUAAUGCAGUACUCAAAAGAGGAACGAAUAAGGCAUCCUUAUUUUUCACUGUUUAUAGGAGUUAAGUCAUUAUAAAAUGUAACCAAAAGAGAAAAUUAAGAGCUAUAUGGAAAAUCUAAAGUGAUUGUCAUUAUGCAAGCAUAGUACUAAACUUUACCAAUUAUCCACCCUCUCGGUUACUGUACGAUUUUAACAUACUUAAUCAUUGUUCAUGAAGUUUAUUUUUUAAAUUUAUUCACCCAAAGAACACACUAAUUUUUAAGCAAUUAGUAGAAAGUAUUAGAGGGCCAGCCAUUAAGUUUCCUCCUGUAAAAGCAAAAUCAGCGUUAUUUGGAUAAGUCUGGUAAACUCAGUCUUCCCAGUAAUUGCGGGACUCUUUUUAAGCAGCUCGUACGCAACGUGCUAGGAAAUGAUCAGCCAGUCAUCUUCACCACCUUAAGGAGGAGGGUCACGGAUGAUAAGAAGAGGCCCCAGCAGUUGCAACAAAGCCAUGUUAUCGUUUUAACCACUUUAUUAUUGCUACAAGAAAGACAUACAUAUAUGGAGGUGUGCUUUUAAACUUAUAAACAAAGCAGCUUUCUAGCAUAAUUUUAUUUAUGUAAACAGGUAAACUGGACAGCACAUUCUUUAAAAACAAUGUAAAAAACAGAGCCUUGUAUAAUAAAAGGUGAAAAAGCAAGAGAUGAUGCAAAAAACAUAAUCACUCACAAAUACAUGUAUUAUACUGCUUAGUGCACCAAAUCUUUGCAAGAAUCUUUGGUCACUCCAUUUAUGUUGGAGACAGUACCAAAUCCUAGAGAACAUGCAUACUUUCUACAUUAUCUAUUCCAGCUGGUUAUUGUACUAUUCUGAGAGUAACAUAAAUGCAGAUGAGAAAAGAAUGAGAGAUGAUGUAAUUCAGAACUAGCUUUGUAUGGAAUCCUACCCCCCUUUCAUUGCUUAAAAUAUGAAACUUCCUCAGGAAGAAAUGAAAUGUUUGUUUCAAUGUUUAUAGCUGUAAUAUUCUUGUCAUUCACAUUGAAUGAAAACUACUGGAAACAUUUUUCUCUCUGAGUUUUUUAAAAUAAAAAACCUGGAUAUAAUUCUGAUAGUAGCAUGGUACCUCAUAUGUAUAACAAUAAACUCUGAUAAGAAAAUGAA